UUAUCACGAGGGCUGCAAAGAUAUAUAGGUCAUUAAUUGGAACGUCAUGGAAUCCUACGGGCGUCUUGUAAAUUUCACAUCCUUAGGGAAAAAAGUGCUGGCAGUAGGACGAAAUUAUAGAGCAUUAGCAGCGGAGCAAGGCAACCCUCUCCCUGAAAAACCAGUUGUUUUCAUGAAACCGACGACUUCCUACAUCACGGAGGGACAAACUAUCAAGGUUCCUUAUGCAAGUAAGCUACUGUAUUUCGAAGUGGAACUUGGGGUUAUCAUAAAGAGUCGUUGUUCCGGUGUCAAAGAAUCGGAAGUGGAUAGCUACAUAGGAGGAUAUUGUCUCGUUCUGGAUAUGACAGCGCGAGAUUUCCAACUCGAAGCAAAGUCCAAAGGUCAUCCGUGGUGUUUGGCCAAAGGUUAUGAUACAGCAUGUCCAGUCAGCGAAUUCAUUCCAAAAGAAAAAGUUAAAGAUUACAGUGACAUUGAAUUGUGGCUGAAAGUAAAUGACGUGAUAAAACAGCGGAGUAGUACCAGUGAUAUGAUAUUUAGUAUUCCCCAUGUGAUUAGUUACAUCAGCAGUUACAUCACUUUGGAAGAGGGUGACGUUGUCAUUACUGGUUCCCCUGCUGGUGCCGGCCCCGUCAAGCCUGGAGAAAUCAUUGAGGCUGGUCUCGCUGAUGUUAUGUCUAUGACUUUCCCCGUUGCAUGAGAUAGAGGUGAAAUAAUUGUAUUAAAAUCUUUUAAAUUCA